AUGAGUCUGAAGUCAAUAUCAGGCGUGGCAUUCGUCACUGGGGGAGCCCGAGGACUCGGAAAUGCUGUAGCAGUUUCAUUCGCACGGGAGGGGUGUGAGGCUGUAGCAAUUGUCGAUGUUCUUCUUGAUGAUGUUAUGGAACAAGGCAGACAGGAGGUUGAAAAGCAGGGCGCUAAAUGUUUGGCACUACAGUGCGACGUGACUAAGGAAGAAGAUGUGAUAAAGGCAAUCGAGAAGACGGUACAAGCUUUUGGCAGAAUUGACUAUGCAGCCAAUUUUGCUGGUAUUAGUGGAAUAAACGAGCCCCUGGAGAGCACUUUGGCGCCUAAUUUCGAAAAGGUCAUCCUGACAAACACUACCGGAGUAUUUUACUGUGUGAAACAUCAGAUCCAACAGAUGAGUAGGCAAGAACCCGGAAAUUGCUCUGACCACCCUUUCGCUCAACGAGGAGCAAUCGUGAAUUGCGCAUCUGUCAAUUCAAUACUUGCGGGUAUGGCAACAGGCCCUUAUACCGCAUCGAAACACGCUGUUGUUGGUAUAACGAAAACUGCUGCCUUGGAGGCCCGUAAGAAUAACAUUCGCGUUAACGCGUUGUCUCCAGGCUUUAUAUGGACAGACAUGGUUGCCAGAGGAUUGGAAACGAAGGACGACCCACGCUUGAAAGAGGCGUGGACCGUGUUUGAGGCUAGGCAAGGCCGCAAGGCCUUCCCUCGUGAGAUCGGAGACGCGACCGUGCAGCUUUGCAGCAGCAAACUGAGCUUAGUAAACGGUCAUAAUCUCGUCUGCGAUUAUGGCUUUGUGGUAAAUGAAAUGUCGUUUUAG